UCGAUGGAUUCUUCACACCACUAACAGAUAGAUGACACAGUCCGUCGACACAGAAAGUGCAGUUUGGCUGAGAACUUGAGUAUUUCAAUUAAAAUAUGUCCGGUUUCGAUGAGAAUCCUUUCGGCGAGCCCAACAUUGACAAUCCGUUUGCGGAUCCCGCAAUACAACAGGCCACGCGCAUGACUUCCAAUGUCUCGCUGGAGGAUUACAAUCCGUUCGAGGUGCAGGCGAAACCACAGCUGCAAAUCAACUCAAGCAAUACGGUGGCUGUCGUCCAGCCGCUCUCACAGAACAUUCCGCCCCCGCAGACAAGCUCUUUGGCCGCAUCGGCACCGAGCACAAGCCUACAGAUCACAUCGGAGGAGCUUCAGCGCCGUCAGGAGGAGCUUGAUCGGAAGGCCGCUGAACUUGAUCGACGCGAACAGCAGCUGCAGGGCAAUGUGCCACAGUUAAACAAUUGGCCACCGUUGCCCGCCAAUUUCUGUGUGAAGCCGUGUUUCUAUCAGGACUUCGAGGUCGAAAUACCGCCAGAAUUUCAAAAAUUAGUCAAACAUCUGUACUAUAUUUGGAUGUUCUACACCAUGACGCUGUGCGCUAACAUUAUUGGAGGUCUCAUCUUGCUCUUUAAUGAGGGCAAUAUAUCUAAUUUCUUUCUGGCCAUAUUUUAUACCGUGCUCUUUGCACCCGCGUCUUAUGUGUGCUGGUUUCGGCCAGCCUACAAAGCCUUUCGCAACGACUCGAGCUUUAACUUCAUGGUGUUCUUUUUCGUGUACUUCUUCCAAACGAUUUACACGGUGGUACAAGCCAUUGGUUUCAAACAGCUGGGCUAUUGCGGCUUCAUCACGGCUAUUUCACAAUUCCAGGGCACUGCAGGUAGCAUCAUUGCGGGUCUGUUGCUGCUAAUCAUUGCCUUCUGUUUUGCGCUCACCGCAGCCGCCAAUGUGCUGAUGAUAACAAAGAUACAUACCAUUUAUAGGAGCACUGGCGCCAGCAUGGCCAAGGCUCAGCAGGAGUUCACCACAGAGUUUUUGCGCAACCAGCAUGUGCAGGAGGCCGCCUCGUCUGCAGUCAAUACGGCGAUCAAUUCACAGUUCAAUAACAGCAGAUACUAAAUGCAGCAGAGAGCAAUAAUAGCAACAGCAACUACAUCAGCAACAUCAACAAUUGCAGCACAUUUAUGCACUCUCCCACCCACUCGCCAACACAUUGACACAUCAACACACCAACACAAUUGAAAGACAAUUAUGAAAGGAGGAAGAAAACACAAAAACGCAGCCGUAGAUCCAUGAAAAUAUAUUUAAACCUUCAAGUCCACAUAGGCACAAACAUAUAUAUUCAGAAAAAGAAACACCCAGACAAAUCCUUAAACACAGACAGCUGCCUUUUUGCAUAAACGUAGAGAGAACAACUGAGUAAAUGAAUAAAUAUAUAUAUAUACAUAUAUGUUUAAGUCAAACUAAUUGCUGUAUGCGUAAACAAUUCCUAGAAUGCCGUCGUCUUUAUUAAAAGUAAUUAUUGUAAUCUAAAUAUUAAUAUAAUAUGAAAUGCAGCUUAUUCAAAAUUGCAAGUAGUGCAAACAACAGACAAGCGCCCUCCACACUCUCACCCACAUACUCUUACCACUUGCUCUUACACAGCUACGAUUUCUCAUGCAUUCUCAAGUAUUUCGGCUGCAGGGCGACUAAAAGAGAUAGACACUUAAUUUAUUGUAACAUACAAAAAUAGGUAGAGGAAGAAAGAAAGAUGAGGAAAUGAAGGAAGUGAUGGAAGAAGAGAGAGAGAGAGAGCCCGAGUCGAGCCCUCUUGGUGUUUAAACAUUUAUUUUAUUAUUUUGUGUUGCGCUUAAGAAUAACGAAAUUAUUUGCAGUGUCAGUGCUAGUGCUGUUUAAUAAGUUGUAAAUUUAUAAAUGCACAUGCAUAAUACUCUGCACGCAUACAUACAUACAUACACACACACACAUAUAUAAGUACAUGCAUAUACAUACGAGUAUAUAUAUAUUAUUAUUGCUUCGGCAUAUUUGCAUUAAAAUGUUAAUAGAAGUUGUGCGAAAACUCGAUGUGUUUUAGAGCGUUAUUAAGAUAAUUUUGUUGAAAUUAAUUUAUUUAAUUGGUAGCAGCAGCAGCAACAACAAAGCAAACGUAAUCCAUAUGUAUUUGUAUAAUGACAAUUGAUAACAAUAACUGAUAACUACUAUUAUGAGUCGGAUGAAGAGCAUAACGAUUAGAAUGAUAAAACGCUAAUGCUUCUGAUAAAAUGAGAUGUUUUCUAGUUCUCUAAGUUACAUAAUCAAUAUACAUACACGUAUUAAACUAUAUUAUAUAUAAA